CGUGCUGGUUUAGAAGGGAGGAUCAGAGGUCGCGAGGCCGGAAGGCGUUCUUGUCCGUGACCUAGUAGCUAUGUAGUUGUGGGGCUGGCGCCUUCCCGCAAAUUCUGCAAGAUUCUUGGGCUCUACUAGGGUAGUAGCCUCAAGGACUCCUUGUCGCCGGCGUCGGGUCCCCUGCUCUCUGAGCGGAACCGCCGCCAUGUUUGGCUGUUUGGUGGCGGGGAGGCUGGUGCAAACAGCUGCACAGCAAGUGGCAGAGGAUAAAUUUGUUUUUGAUUUACCUGAUUAUGAAAAUAUCAACCAUGUUGUGGUUUUUAUGCUGGGAACUAUCCCAUUUCCUGAGGGAAUGGGAGGAUCUGUCUACUUUUCCUAUCCUGAUUCAAAUGGAUUGCCAGUAUGGCAGCUCCUAGGAUUUGUCACGAAUGGGAAACCAAGUGCCAUCUUCAAAAUUUCAGGUCUUAAAUCUGGUUUAACUAUUUGUAAAGUGUUUCAAGAGACAAUGAGGAAAUGGCUCAAUGCCUCAGUCAGGGAGAAUUCCAGUGACAUCUGCAGUGGAGAAUUAUAUGGAAAAUGGGAAACAGAAGAGGCCAAGAUUGGAAGAGCAGGAGAAGGAAGCCAACACCCUUUUGGAGCCAUGAAUAUUGUCCGGACUCCAUCUGUUGCUCAGAUUGGAAUUUCAGUGGAAUUACUGGACAGUCUGGCUCAGCAGACUCCUGUAGGCAACGCUGCUGUAUCCUCAGUUGAUUCAUUUACUCAGUUCACACAAAAGAUGUUGGACAACUUCUACAAUUUUGCUUCAUCAUUUGCUGUCUCUCAGGCCCAGAUGACACCAAGUCCGUCUGAAAUGUUCAUUCCAGCAAAUGUGGUUCUAAAAUGGUAUGAAAACUUUCAAAGAAGACUAGCACAGAACCCUCUCUUUUGGAAAACAUAAUUUGAAUAAAAUAAUUUUUACUGGA